AUGGAAGUGUUCCUGCCCUCUUCGGACAUUUGGCUGCCCGAACUCAGUCUUUAUUACAGUCUCAAUUUCAACAGUGCCGUCAAAUUACUCAGUAACAACGAUGCCAGGGUCAAUUAUACGGGUCAUGUUCGCUGGUACCUGCCCUUUUCCACGGAAUCCUUAUGCUCUUCGGUUGAUGUCAAGUUCUUUCCCUUCGAUAUGUAAGUCAUCCAAAACAAUUUUUGUGCUUUUAUGUUGGUAUUACGACUGGAUUAUUUUAGACAACAAUGCACCUUAAUGUUUGGUUCGUGGGCUCAUUCGAAUGACUCCAUCAAGUUUUCUCUCUAUUCUCAGAAUCUUUCACUAAUCGACUUCUAUGACAAUCAGGAAUGGCAAUUGGAUAUGGUGAGGCAUCUCACUUAUUACCUCUACUUCGUGACUGAAAGCCCUCAUAAUUUCAGAAGAAUUAUAAGGGUUUUUGUCCCAAGUAGUACCUAUUGCUAUAUACAAUAAUGAAUCCCCUCUUUGCAGAGUCGAAGUCAUAUCACCGCUCAAGCUUUUCUCUAUGAUUAUCUCGACCCUCCAUUAUUUUGGGAGAUGAUCAUUGUCGAAUUGGUAGUAGGACGACAGAGUUUCUACUACGGUAAGAACAUUAUUCAUUCUAAUCGGUACCACUUUAGUUUUCAACCUCGUAAUUCCCAGUGGAAUCAUUGCAGUGGUAGCCGUCGUUGGUUUCCACACUCCCUCAACCUCAGCUCGAGUCAGAGAUGCCAAGUUUAGACUAGGUAUCAUGACUCUUAUGUCUAUGUCCACCAUUGUUGUUGCCAUCGUAGAAGACAUGCCCAAGUUCAGCAUGUCUGGAAGUCGAAAGGCUCGCGGAUCUUUCAGCGGUGUGCCCCUGAUUGGUAUGUUCCAUUAUUGGCAUCAUUGACCACUAUCUUAGGGCUCUAUUACUUCAUGUUACUCGUGAUCGUCGGGUUAUCCACCAUGACUACCUCAAUGUUUGUAUUUCUUGAACGCGACUUCAGGACUAAAAGGAGAGUUCCGUGGUAUCUUAGGUGGCUUUCUUAUGACAUUCGGCGACGAACCUUCAGGUAAGAAAAAUAAAUGUUUAUUGCGUAACAUGACUAACGCUAAAACUUAUAGUAGAGCUUACAACUACGGAGAUACUACUGUUGAACCAUCAACUACGGUAAGUGACUUAACAGUCAAUCCAAGAAUGACGAUGCACGACACAUAGACUAUGUAUUCAAAUUUCAGGAAGCCCUGUUGUCCUCUCAAUCAAGCACAGGACCUCAUCGACAUUUAAACGGGUUUGUAGGUGAAGGUACAGGGCCAAGAACAAGAGGAAGCCAGAAUGCUCAGGGAAUGGCCAUGUCUCUGUUGCGAUUAGUUCCAGCAGAGAAUGAUCAUGAACAAGGUCGGCAAGUUCAAGCUGUGAUCGACGAGACCACGGAGGGUUACCAACACACAAUCUCCAAUCCUGGAGCGGUAAGUUACCCGGUUUUGCUGAGGAUCCAUCAUUUGUAGCAAGAAGAACCAAGUCCGCCCCUGCGAAGACAACUGCGAAAAAGAUUAAGUCUAGCUCACUAUGAUAACAUGCUCUUAUAUCAAUACUUUGGCCAACAAAUAGAAGACCUAAGUGCGCUGAUUCAGCGAAUUGAACGAUCGGUUAAAGAUAUCAAGUAAGUUGUAAAUGGAGAGCCUCCUUUCCUAUUUCUGUAUGCCUAACACUACAAAUCUUUUCCAGGGGUGAUAUGGUUGCCCUUUUGCCUCAAGACGAUAUCAAUUCGAAAUGGCAAACAGUUAUCAGGCGGCUAGAACUGCUCUCACUCAGUUUCUACAUGAGUCUUCUUUUCACAACAGCCUUUUUAUUCUUCUAUCAUGAUUGGUAUUGCGCAAUUGGUAAUUCCCCAUGUGGAACACCCAAUCACAAGUGCCCUUGGAUGAAAGUCGAACCUUGUGGAUAG